GCGGACUCCUGCUGAUAACGAGCGCCGACCGAUUACGGUGUGUUAUUAAUCCCCGCCGUCGUGCGACUGCAUUGUGUGUCAACCUUCCGUCGCGAGUCGGUACUAUUAUUCGCCCGCUGCAGCUCCGUCGUUCGCGUGCCCGUCAGUACACUUUUUCUCUGGACCAGUCUGCGUCUUAAGUUUUCAACGACGUCGUCGUCCUGCCCGUGUUAUCGCGUAUUCGUCCGCACAACACAAGAAUCAUGUUCAAGCUCUCGCUGCUCUGUGUGGCAGCCGUUCUCUUCGUGUCCAGCCAAGAGGCGCACGGAAAAAUGACCUGUAAACUGCCUCAGGUACAAAUUCCAGACGAUUGGAUCACCAUGGUUAACCCGUGUACGAAAAAAAUGAGAGAACAAGUCCAGGAAGAACUCACUGCAGCAAUGACAUAUUUUGCAAUGGGAGCACAUUUUUCUAAGGACACAGUGAAUCGUCCUGGAUUUGCAAAAAUAUUCUUUGAUAGUGCCAGUGAAGAACGUGACCAUGCUAUUAAAAUUAUUGGAUAUUUGUUGAUGAGAGGAGGUUUGACCAAAGAUAUCAGUCAAUUAAUCCGUGACCCUCAACCUUUGUCUGAAACUUGGGCUGAUGGCUUAAGUGCAUUGAAGGAUGCUUUAAAAUUGGAAGCUCAUGUUACACGUAAGAUAAGAGAUAUUGCUACCACAUGUGAGGAACCUGGACGUGAUGGACAAGAUUUCAAUGAUUAUCAUUUGGUUGAUUGGUUAACUGGUGAUUUCUUAACUGAACAAUAUGAAGGUCAACGUGACUUGGCUGGUAAAAUAUCUAAUCUUGGUAAGAUGUUGGAAGCACAUGGAGCUCUUGGUGAGUUCCUCUUUGACAAGAAGCUUUUGACUGGAGCUUCAGUUUAAUUUACAUUUUAUGAACAAAAUCAUGAAUUUUACUCUUAAUUAUAAACAUUACCCCAACAUUUUUUUUUUGUUUUUAAUGUAAUUAUGUUAAAUGAUUAUACUCAUAGAUAAACUUAUUCAUAAAAUUAACCAACUAUUGUAUUUUAACAUAGUAUAUGUUAAAAUACAAUUUUAUUAUAUUUUUCACAGACAUAAAUUAAAAAUAAACAUAUAUUUAUAGCUAUAUUGUAUUACAUGACUUUUUUUUAUUAUAUUUUUUAAUUAGUGUAAAAUUAAAUUAAUAUUUAAUAUUGAUGGCCAUAAUAUUUAAUUUUAAUCCAAUUAAAUAUAUGAUAUUACUUUUUUGUAAGUAAUUAUUGCACUUCGAAACUUAAAAACAAUUACAAUAAAUCACAUAUUUUAUCUUUUAUUAUAUUCUUUGUGUUACCAACAGUGCUUGAAUUUAAAAAAUAUAAAAAAAAAAAAGGAUGUAAAAGUGUAAACAAAAUGUGUUUACUUGAAUAUUUAAGUGUUGUAUUAAUUAUGAGACAUAAUUAAUAAAAGUAUGCAUGAUAUUUUUUAUAAGAGGAGGAAUUCUGUUCUUCUUUUAUUCAAGCACUGGUUCAUAGUAACACAUUUAGAAAAAAAUACCUUUGAGACAUCAUCUUUUCCUUGUAUCCCUUAUACUCAUUUCUUUUUAUGUUUAAACCAUUUCAAAAAAUACUCCAUAUUAGUCUUAAAACGGUGUCACUUAUUAACAAAUUAUUAUUACUCAUGGUAAUGUCUAACUUUAUUUUAUUAUUACAUUUAAUUGAAAAUGCAAAAUUGUAGAAACCUUUUUAUAAACUACAUUUUGUACAAUUUAUUUUUUGUAUUAUUCUUUAAAAUAAUAAUAGUCAUCAUCAAGUAUCAAUAUAGGUGUAUUGUGCAAUUAAACUACUUGUGAUGUAUGAAAUUAUUCAAUUUUUAUUUAAAAAUAUAUUACUUAUUUAUUAUA